CAAUGAUCACUUACAAUUCAGGAACUUUUGGGUUUCAAUUGCUUUUUCGCCUCCAUGGCUCGGCAGUAUUCAAGUCUAUAACCCCCGCACUGAUAUCCAGCAUCAUUUACGUCAUUAUCUAUCAUACCCACGACUUAGAAAAUGACGAUGGUGAACUCUUCGAUCAUCCGUAUCCCAUGGGGGCGUUAAUUUCUGCCUUGACGUUUCUCCUGGCCUUUCGAGCCAACUUCUCCUACAACCGCUACUGGGAAGCCAUGACAGCGGUGCAUCAAAUGCAUUCGAAAUGGCUUGAUGCUGGCAUGGAAUUAGCCGCCUUUCAUCUGCAGAGUGCCGCUUACGAUGCCCGAAAACCACCGGCAUUUGGCUCUCAUCCGGAAUUGAAGCAUCUAGAACGGGAGCGUGAACGAUUGCACGCACAUACCAUUGAGGAACUCGAAUCUCAGUUGAAUAGUAUGGAAAAUAUUCAGCACUCCGUACGAGAUCGGAUCAAAUCUGUUUUCAACCGAAGUAGUCGCAAGGCCAACAGGACAGGUUCAACCCGGACAAAAACGGAAGAGCAACAAACAUCUCCUGCGCCACCACUUCCCAGCAAAGGGGGACAAACGAUGAAUCUCAACAAUACUUCCAAAAGCAUCACUGCCGCUGGUAAGAUCUCGAAGUAUAAGAAACCACGCAAUCCAUUUAAACCUUGGUCCCACAGCAAAAAGCCAACGUCUUUGCCCAAAAACUCCAAAGUUUCUUCCAGCAAGGACGGUACCAACGCAUGGGAAGCCGACUCGCCGCCAUUGUUUCUUCAAGAAUCCGCGCACUUGCUGAGUCUUCUUUCAGCAGUGGCCAUGUCCACUUUACGGAAUGAUUUGGAACAGGUCGGUUCGCCAUUGGAUACCUUUUACCCCGGAGUCGACUGGCCACACGUCGAUCCGGACGCUAUGGAUGCCGAUGUUCGGAAAGACUGGGCUUUGACCACACACCGAUCCUAUACAGUAUGUAAGUACUUGACUGGACUAUCCAGAACUCCCAAAUCCCGAACUCUGUAUAACGCGGCUCGGCCCUUUCGAGUCGUGGGGGGUGUAUCGGAUGCCGAAAUUGACCUGCUUCAGGCCGCACGGGGUCCGUUGGCCAAGGUCGCACUCUGUACAAUGUGGCUCCAGGAAUUCAUUAGUCGAGAAUAUUUACACGGAUCCACGGGACAUGUGGCGCCACCUAUUAUUUCUCGCUUGUACCAAUAUACGUCGGAUGGUAUGGCAGGUUACAACCAGGCCCGCAAGGUUGCCUAUGUGCCGUUUCCCUUUCCCCAUGCCCAAAUUACGUCGCUCUUUGUAUUGGUUGUGGUAGGUCUCAUGCCUGUACUGAUGCUAACCUACGUGACAAACGAAAUAUUUGGAAUUAUUUUGAACUUUUUGACCGUCAUGUGUUUUGCUGGACUACAUGAAGUUGCUCGGGAACUGGAAAAUCCUUUUCAGAAUGUUCCCAACGAUAUUCCGCUCAAUAACUUCCAAGCCCAAUUCAAUGAAUCUCUCAUGAAUAUGUUUACGGGGUACCAUCCGGAUGCUUAUUGGGAAGUGACGCAAGAUGUGGAACCGCCGACUUCCUCACAGCUUGAUGCGCUCGAGGAAUUUCGAGGAAAAGUACAAACUGCAAAGGAGAAGGUAUCACAACAUGGUAAUGGUAACAAGUCUACAACAGCCCGGGUCUCGCCUAAAUCCUCUAUGCGUGACGACAAUAAUCCUGAAGGCGAUGAGUUCCCGAUUGGAGUGGAUAAUCCAGUACGAGCAAAUUUGGAGGGCAAUGACAGUAAAGAAAGGGAUCAGAGACCUAGGGAAAUCGUACAAGAGGACGGAUGA